AUGCUCUAAAUCAGAGAAGGAUUCAAAAAAGUUGAAAUAAACUCUUAAGUUAAAACUCAAAUGUAAAGAAAGUUUUCGUUAGCCCAAAGAAACAUAAAUCACUUAAAUAGAAACUACAUAUAUGUCUGUCUUUAAGUGACAGACAUUAUUGGAGAGAUGUUAGAAGAGGAUCUACAUAAUUAACUGAUGCGAUAUGAAACAUUUUUAGCACAAAAGGCAAAAUCAAAAAGGAAAUUAUAAUUGUUGCAAGAUUAAAAUAGAGAAGAGUAAAUGAGUAGAAAUACUGGAUUAAAUAAAGAAGUUGAAGAGAAUCUAAAAUUAUUGUAUUUAUUCACUAAGGAGACAUUUCAUAUCGUACAAAUGAAGGUCUUGACAUCUUCAAAAAAAAUAUAAAUGUUGAAAAAUCUACAGAGAGUACAAGAGAAUUGA